AUGAAAUGCAAUAGUUCUCUAUUAAGUGUUCUUGUGUGUUUGUGGUUAAGUGUAGCAGGUGCUAAGGCCCAAUCAACAAAUGUUAAGGUGGGGGUGGUUUUAGCAAUGGAUUCAUGGGUGGGAAGAGUGGGCAAUAUGUGCAUAAGCAUGGCCGUACAAGAUUUCUAUAAAGAGAACCCAAACUACACCACUAGACUACUUCUUUCUACAAGAGAUACGGGUGGAGAUGUUGUCCAAGCUGCUUCAGCCGCUUUGGACCUGAUGAAGAAUGUGGAGGUGCAAGCUAUAAUCGGUCCACUAACAUCAGCAGAGGCCAAAUUUUCGGUUGAUCUGGCGAACAUCUCCCAAGUUCCCAUUCUCUCUUUCUCUGCAACCUCUCCUUCUCUCUCCUCAACCAGCACUCCCUACUUUGUUAGAGCAACUCUCAAUGAUUCGGUGCAAGCCAAGCCCAUCGCUGCUCUCUUCAAAGCCUAUGGUUGGAGGCAAGCUGUAGUCAUUUAUGAAGAUACCGAAUUUGGAGAGGGAUUCAUUCCAUAUUUAAAUGAUGCCCUCUUAGAAGUCGGCUCUCGCCUUCAACAUAGAACUGUUCUUCCUACCUCGGCUUCAAAUGAGUUAAUCAAUGAGGAGCUCUACAAACUCAUGACUAUGCAAACUCGGGUUUUCAUAGUCCAUAUGUCUUCUCCUAUAGCUUCUCGCUUAUUUUUACUGGUUCAACAACUCGGUAUGUUGAGCAAAGACUACGCUUGGAUUAUAACUGAUGGGCUAUCUAGUCUCUUGGAAUCCAUGGACCCUUCGAUCAUAGCUUCAAUGCAAGGGGUUUUGGGGGUGAAAUCAUACAUAGAAAAGACUAAACGUUUGGCCAAUUUCACAGCUAGGUGGAAGCAAUAUUAUAAAGACGAAUACCCAAAUGAGAUAGAAAUCCCGGAGUUGAAUGUUUUCGGUUUAAGAGCCUAUGAUGCCACUUGGGCUCUUGCUCUUGGAGUUGAGAAAUCAGGCACAAGAGCCGUCAGGUUCCAGCAACCAAUUGUCGGAAAAGCGUCAACAAAUUCAACUGAUCUCUCGACUCUACGAAUUUCUCCAGUAGGUCUAAAACUCCUAAGUGCCAUCUUAGACACCCAAUUCAUCGGCUUAACGGGCGAUAUCCACUUCAUUAACGGAGAGCUCCAAGAUUCCACUUUUCAAAUAAUCAGUAUCGCAGGGAAAGGCACCAGAGAAAUUGGGUUCUGGUCACCGAAAUAUGGCCUCUCACCCGACCUCAACCAAGAAACUCUAAAGAAGAAGAGUGGUUACACGGCUAGUGUGGUCGAUCUCAGACCGGUGAUAUGGCCGGGAGAAUCAACGGCUGUACCUAAAGGUUGGGUUAUUCCAACAAAUGGAGUUAAGAUGAAGAUUGGUGUUCCUGUAAAAUAUGCAUUUAAGGAAUUUGUUAAUGUGGAGAGGGACCCAGGUGACAAUAGACUGAGUGUGACAGGCUUUUCUAUUGAUGUUUUUGGUGCAGUCUUGGAUGUUUUACCCUAUGCCUUGCCUUAUGAGUUUAUUCCUUUUGAAGAUGGUGACGGUAAAAUGGCAGGGACAUAUAAUGACAUGGUCGAUCAGGUUUUUCUUGGGAAAUAUGACGCAGUGGUGGGAGAUGUGACCAUCAUUGCGAAUAGAUCAAACUAUGUUGACUUCACGCCACCUUACACAGAGUCAGGGGUGACUAUGAUAGUACCCAUGAAGAAAGUGCAGAAAAGUAGAGCAUGGGUGUUCUUGAAACCAUUGACUUGGGAGCUAUUGCUGACCACCACAUGGUUCUUCUUCUUUCAGGCAUUCAUGGUUUGGUUUUUGGAGCACAGGAUAAAUGAUGAUUUUCGAGGGCCUCCAAUGGAGCAAGUGGGCAGCGCUCUCUAUUUCUCCUUCUCGAUGCUUGUCUUCGCGCAUCGUGAUCAAAUACAAAACAAUUUGUCACGGUUCGUAAUAAUCCUUUGGCUAUUCGUCGUGCUCAUACUAAGUAAUAAUUAUACAGCUAAUUUGGCCUCAAUUCUCACCGUUGAGCAGUUACAGCCCACCAUUACAGAUGUGCAAUCAUUGAUUAAGAAACAUGAAUAUGUGGGAUACCAACGUAAUUCUUUUGUUAAGGAUCUUUUAUUGAAGUGGGGAUUCCCCGAAUCGAAACUGAGAACAUGUGGAACUGUCGAUGAAUAUGCAAAUGCCCUAUCAAUGGGAAGCUCUGGUGGUGGGGUUGCUGCCAUCUUCGACGAGAUCCCGAAAAUCAAAGUGUUUCUUUCUCACUAUCAUGACAAAUUCACGAUGGCUGGGCCAAUUUUUAGAACUGGGGGCUAUGGCUUUGUCCUCCCCAAAAACUCCUUGCUACUUUCGGAUCUUUCGACCGCGGUCCUCAACAUAACUGAAGGAGACAAGAUAGAGGCCAUAGAGCGGGCUUGGUUUGGCAAAAAAGAUAGACAACCAGUCUCCUCAUCUGCAGCUACUUCAAGCGGUCUUAGCCUUGAUUGCUUUUGGGGCCUCUUCCUCAUUGUAGGGGUUGCAUCGAUUGGAGCUCUAAUUUGGUUCUCAAUUUGCUUUUGGAAUAAGAAUCACAGUCGCUUUGGAGUAGAUGAACAAGGGCUAUGUCAACAAAUCAAGGUCAUAGCCACAGUCUUUAAUGAGAGGGAUCAUUCCUUUCAUAGUUCUACCCAAAGAAAGAGAGAAAAAGAAGUGGAGCUCAACAGAGAUGUUGCCCUAGCAAAUGGGGAGAGCCCCUUGAGCAUUGUUGUAUCUAGGGAAGGCCUACCUACUGAAGCAACCACACCAACUCGGAGCUCCUCAGCAUCUGAGGACGACGACGACGGCUCUAGCAUUGAAUCACUCUCUUCCUCGGAUUAUGAUGAUCAUGAUGCACCCACCCAAAGAAGAGACACUCCAUAA